AUGAUUCGUGAUGCAUUCCAUGGUAGUGAAUUGGAAGGGAGGUCGUCGUCGUCGUCGACCACAAGCUCGACUGAUGGCUGUUGCUGUCGGCGCAACACGGCUGCGUCCUCUUCGAGCUUUCGCCGUUUAACAGCAGCAGGGUCGACAUUGUCGGUGGAGGCAAGGCUGGCAGCGAGGAAGCGUUUGCGAACGCCGAGAGGACGUUGCUCAGGAAUUGGUUUACUAUGGGACUUCGGCUACUUACUCUGA